UUUGCAAAACUUUGUGACAUAAUACCACACUACCAUGUUGCUUCGUUUCCCUCCAAAUCCAAAAAACAAGCCGUUUCUCUCUUCACCUUCUCUCUUCAAGCUCUUUGUUCACACAUCGAAAAUUACACCCUCUUCUUCUCCUACCCAUCUUAACAAUCUCCUGAACAACACUAUCCAAACCAAGAACCUCAAACACGCCUCCGAAAUCCACGCCCAGCUCAUCACAAACGGCUACAUUUCCCUCCCUUUCCUCUUCAACAACCUCCUCAAUUCCUACGCCCAAUGCGGCCACAUCCGCCGGAGCCUGCUCCUCUUCUCCGCCGCCCGUGGCAUCCCCAAAAACGUCGUCGCUUGGACCACUCUCGUCACUCGCCUUUACCAUUCUCACGAGCCCUUCGAAGCUUUGUCUUUGUUUAGCCAGAUGAUUUCCUCUGCUCAUGUGUUGCCAAACCACUUCACUUUCUCCGCGGCUUUGCCCGCUUGCGCCGACACCGAAAUUGCGGUUCACGGCGAGCAACUGCAUUCUCUGAUUUGGAAGCUUGGGUUUGAGACCCAUGUUUUUGUUUGCAGUGCGUUGCUUGAUAUGUACGGGAAGUGUGGGGACGUAAUUUCUGCGCGGAAGGUGUUCGAUAAAAUGCCUGAGAGAAAUCGUGUUUCGUGGAACACUAUGAUUGUCAGGCUUUUAAGGAACGGGUUUUAUGAGCGGGCUGUUGAGUUUUUUAUGGAGUUUUCUCGGGAGAGUUCGGUUUGUCCUGAUCAGGUGAGCUUUUCGAGCGUGUUGAGUGCUUGCGCCAACAUUGGGGCUGUGGAAUUCGGUAGACAAGUUCAUGGUGUAAUUCUGAAGCAUGGCUUGGAAAUGUUAGUUUAUGUUGAAAACUCUCUAAUGGACAUGUAUUUGAAAUGUGGGUUGUUUGACCACGCUCUUAAGUUGUUUCGGAUAAUGGGGGACGCGGAUAGAGACAUUGUUACAUGGAAUAUAAUGAUAAAUGGAUGCGUUACCAAUCGCAACUUUGAGAAUGCUUGCAACUAUUUUUGGGCUAUGAGAAGGGAAGGUAUAAGACCUGACGAAGCAUCUUACUCUUCUGUCCUUGGAGCUUCCGCUUGCCUAGCAGCUCUUGAUCAAGGCACAAUGAUCCAUGAACAGAUAAUAAAAUCUGGGUUUAUGAGGAUUUUGUGUGUCGCAAAUUCAUUGAUAAAAAUGUACUCCAGAUGCGGGAACCUGAAUGAUGCUUACUGCGUGUUUGAAGAAAAUGAGGACCGCAAUGUGGUUUGUUGGACUGCUAUGAUUGCAGCUUACCAACAACAUGGCUGCGCAAACCAAGUGUUUGAAUCAUUUCGUGCAAUGUUAGGAGAUGGAAUCAAGCCUAAUUACAUAACUUUCGUUUCGGUUCUGUCAGCUUGUAGCCAUGCUGGGCUUGUAGAAGAAGGUUUUGAGUACUUCAACUCAAUGACCGAAAUGCAUGGUAUCAUCCCCGGGCAUGAACACUAUGCUUGCAUGGUUGACUUGCUCAGUCGUGCAGGUCGAUUGGAUGAGGCUAGGAGGUUUAUAGAGUCAAUGCCAAUCAGACCGAAUUCGUCAAGUUGGGGAGCUUUGCUUGGUGCUUGCAAGGAUCAUAACAAUCUUGAAAUGGGCAGACAAGUUGCAGAAAAGCUUUUCUGCUUGGAACCAAAUAAUCCCGGAAACUAUGUGCAACUCUGUAAUAUGUACACAAACAAUGGAAGGUUGAAAGAAGCUGAUGAUGUUAGGAGGUUGAUGGGGCUUAAUAGGGUAAGAAAGGAGCCUGGAUGUAGCUGGAUUGAUAUCAAGAACAAAACCAUUGUGUUUACUGCCCAUGAUAAGUCGCAUUCUAGGACAGAUGAGAUUUCGAGAUAUUGAGAAAAUUGGAGUUACUGAAGAAUGAAGGGGUAUGUGUUGAAACCCAACACAAUGCCUGAACGUUUUCAUCUACGACAGAUAACAGACAUGAUUAGAUGAAUGUUGUUCCUUUAACUUUAUUACUAGUUCAAAAGCUUUAGCAAGAAUCUAUAUGCCCCAAAAAGCAUGAUAUUGUUCUUCGCAUAUAUACUUUUCUGUCAAGAAAUCUGGUGGAAUUCCUUCAGUAAUAUUCUAAUCCCAAUUUCUUUUUUUGUCUGGGCCCGCCAAGAAUUCUCAGGGAGUUUGAUACACAAAGAAGUCCUAGAUCAAGUUCUAAUUGAUCAGGAAAAAAACAACAAAACACCGAAGGAGACGCGAUGACACU